UGGAUAUCAGAAAACGGGAAAAUGAUCAACACUGACAUGUGCAACAAAGGUGAUUGAAUUAGUGACGGUUUCACCGACAGAGGAACAUAAUAGAGGGACUGUCGUUUAUCGGUCAGACAUACAAAUAUAUAUAUUGAUUAAAAUCAGAAUUAUAAUCUAAACAGGCUGAUUCACAAGUCUAAAUUAAUCAGUCAUAAGCGUAAAGUACGUCAUCAUGGAUUAACAGCGAAACUACACAGGUUUGAUAACAACCGUGGGGGGCAGAGAGAUUACCUGCACACACAUUGCAAGCCAGCCUCGUAACAUCCCCGUCAACCAUCAGCAACCAGUCUCCGAGCUAUUGCUCGCGACGCGCUGGAAUUGAUUUUCCUGAGAUUUUCAAUUAUUCAUAUUGUGUAUUACUUGAAAAGAAUCUCGCUUUAAAAGCCCUAAUCGUUUUUACACGGUUGAUCGUCAUCCGCUUAAUCAGUGAAAGACUUCCUCAGCGCAUGCACUUGCAUCAAGGGGUUUACAAAAGAACACAAUUCAGAAACUUUAAAGAUGACAACACUAUGUACAUACAUAUCAGUGAUUCUCUUUAAAAUCGUAUGAAUGGUGAAUGUUGAAGGUGGAUGAAUGUAUAGAAGAAAUUAAACGGCAUGUUUUCUCCCAGUGUUCAGCGCUCAGAUUGUAACAAAGAUGGUUCGUGGACCAAGUCCCCCACCUAUCGCUUGCCACCGUCACGAACAGAGAGAGGCGAAAAAUUGGAGAGGGGGUAUCCCUCAAAGUAUCCCCGGGUUGUUCUCAGGGACAGCCUGGGAAAUAAACUGGAUACGUUUACUUACUUACAAGAGGCGAUCUAUCGGGCAGAAUGGAACGUUAAGAAUUCUCAUGAAGCGGUGUUUCCGGAGGAAUGGCGGCUUCCAAAAGCUCCUAACCCUGCCAGACCAGAUUACUCCCGCACGGCCCCACUUCUGGCCAACACCCGAAGUAGGCUGAAAUUGAGACCCAUUCGGGGCCAAGACGUGUCCAGAAGUCUACCCCAACCACGGCUAAAUGAAAUUGAUGUUGGCGAUGUGGCAUUUGUUGCAGAAAGCUUAAAUCAGCUUCCACGAGUACCUUCUCUGUCCUUUCUCCAUCAUGACCUACUGGCGGAACCUAAGCGGUAUUUCCAGAUUGUUAACCAGGCAAUGGUCCAGAGGCGACACUAUGCACAAACGGACAAACGGGAGAGGGUGUAUAAUUUCCCCGGCUUCUGUACUGGCUGUCGGAGGUCUGGUCUGUGUUAUGGCUGUGAACGUAGCUCUGAGCCCCACUACCAUGUUGAUCGCAUCAUGAAGACUGGUGGGGGAUUCACUUAUCAUCAACAUGACCGUCCGAUCCGGGAACAGCUGCACAAAAAUCCAGCCAACUGGAAACUGGCCUUUCCAGAGCUGGCUCUAAAGCAUCUCAUCAAAGAGCAUGAUAAAGGUUCAGUGAGUGUGGCUGAAGAGGGUUUUGUAGAGAAAAUGGAUGGAGAAGUUGGAGACUAUCAGCCAUUUAUCCCAGUAGCCUCCAAUGAUUCUUGUUAUUCUCCGACUGAUGAGAUGCAUGCAGAAGAGGAGAGCAUGGGUACCCAGGAUGAUAUUGUAAAGCAGUGGGCCAUGAUGAGGGAAGGACCACUGACAGGCAACACCGACAACCAGAGGGGGAAGGAGAAGGACAAAAAUUGGAACAGGUCAAGACAGGAAAACAUGGAUGCUAUGUCUCCCUGGACAGAUGACAAAACUCCAUUGGAUAAAGAUGCAAUAGAUGAGAACAUAUACAGUGGGGAAGGCCAUAUCACAAAGGGCUCACGAGAGAUAACCAUUCAUGUGGAAUCCCAGGAUAAUAAGGACAACUCUACUGACUGGAGUAGUCAGCAGCUUGAUUUGUCCGGACAGCAUUCAGAUCAUUUAGCAGAAGAGGGGGAGGAUUCAGUAAAAAGUGAACGGCAUUCAGACGACAGGCAGGAUGAGACUGAUAAUGACGCAGACGUGGAUAGUGAAGAGGAAGAUGAUGAUACAAAGACAGCGUACACCAGCUCCACCCAGAAGAGAGAGAAAUUGUCCACGAGUGAUGAGACUGGCAGUCAGGGGAUUAGCAGACUGGGAACGACACCCAAAUCCAAGGGGGACUUAUCUACUGAGGGCAGGGACAGACGAGAAGGAAGGAGUGAGAAAAGUGGAAGUAGUCCAUACAGUCCCUAUAGCAGUCGCCGUAGGCAAUCACUGUAUAAAGAAAGCGGUUCCCCCAGUAGAAGUCCAACUCCUCCAGCAUUUAAGGUAAAACCUCGUAAAAGUCGCCAAAUAGAUUCACGAUCUCCAUUCAGUUCAGAGAGGAAGUUCAAUCUGCCAAAAGGGAGCGGGUUUCAGGUUAAAAAGAGUGAAAAGAAGUUGACAGAGUUCCACGAAUUCAAACAAAAUGAAGGAAACUGGAAACAACCAGACAAAUUCACCAUUAAGAAGUCAGAGAAACUCGCCACAGAUUUCUGGGCUCCACCUAAGAAGGAAAAGAAGGAGUCAAAGAAAAGGGACAGAGUAAAGAAAGAAAGGCCAGUGUCUCCAGACUCAGGACUUGAGAGUGAAAAACCAGCAGGUAGGAAAAGUGAAAUUCAGCCUUAUAUUUUAACACCAAUUGAACACAAACUAGACUUUCCCAUACAAGAAGCCAAUGGAAGACUUCAGAACUUAUCAACUGGAUGGAAGUUACUCCCGUCCAUUUCAUCUGUUGCCAGUGAUCAUGUGAUGCAACAGAGAGCUGAGAGCGAGCACAAGAAUGAAACACCUAAGAAAAUAAACAUCAAUUUUAAUUCUGGAGAGGAGACAGGUGAACGGAACAUUGCAUGCCUUGUUGAUAAUGUGUUUGAUGAACAAGAUGUUGACUACCACAGUAAAGAAUCCACUUUGAUUCAGAAAAUGAACAAUGCGUUAACACCUAUUCCAGAAGAUGUAUUGUCAGAAGACAAUGAGUUAACACCUUCUCCAGAAGAUGUAUUGUCUGAAGACAAUGAGUUAACGCCUACUCCAGAAGAUGUAUUGUCUAAAGACAAUGAAACAUACAGUAAACUGAUAUUAGACUUAGGAGAAGUAGAAAAGAAAAAACACUCAGAUCUUGCUUCUGAUCAAAAGGUUAGCAGUUGUGGUGAAACGGACAGAAAAUUAAAACCAGAGUUGACAUCCAGUCAAAAGAAUCAUCUUUUUGAUGUUCCUUUGGAAGAGGCCUCAGACCAUGUCACAAACACCAGCAGAAGGUCUGGUGAUACAGUGAUCCACAGCAGAAGUUCGUCGUCUGCAAUUUCUGAAGAAGUGAGGCCAUUGGAAAAAAGUGAGACUAGCUUCAAACAGGUGACAUACUAUUCUGAAAUGUCAUUGGCAUUUAGAGAUACACCUCAAGACCAUAGAAAGAAGAAAGGUCUCUUCAAAAGGCAACUUCGAAUUGUCCAAGGGAAAAGAGGAAGAAGGCAAACUGAAUGGAGAGGACAAUCUGAAAGGGAGUCAGUGGAUGUUGAAGGGAAUGGCUCUCUUAUGCAUGCCAGCAUAAAAAUUGAUACCCCAACAGGAAUAAUUGCAGACAAAUCCCAGAAAGCAGUUGAUGAUACCAGCCUUCAACGACACACCAUCACACCUGAGUCUGAUCCUGAAUUGAAUUCAACUACCCGUAAUCAACAUAAGUAUGACAAAAUGUCCGAGUUUCAGCCCCCUGUAACGAUUGACUCAUUAGUCUCCACAGAUUCAGUGCAAGAACUGCCAUUGAAAUCACCAGCCAUAAUAGAAGCAGAACGAGUUCUUUCCCCACCCUUGCAGAAAAUAUCCUCACCAGUUGAUGAAGGAAUAUCACCUUCAUUAGCCACACCCAUUGUAGAACAACCAAAGAAAGAAAGACCCAAGAAAACCAAGAAAGAAGUUCCAAAGAGACUGCCCUCUCCUGUCAGGAGCAUCACUCCUAAAUCUCCAGUACCUAUAGUUGAAGAAGAGGUCACCCUACCAUCCAGGGAACCCACCCCUGAAUAUGUACCCACCCCUACCCCCAAGAUUCCAGAGUUGCCCCCAGUGGACAUCCCUCCUCUACCAGAGAUCAUUGAGGAGAAAAAGGAGAAGAAAGUGAAAAUUGACACCAGGAAAGCAUUUGAACCUAUCCAGGUUAUGCCGAAAAUCAAAGACGCUGUUCCUCCUCCUCCAAAGAAAAGCAAACCUCCCACUUUUACAAAAAAAUCCCAGCCCAAGAAGAGAAUACCAUCUGCAGAAGCUCCAGUAACAACAGAGGAAAUCCGACAAAUGAAGGACCCUCUGGACUUUCUUGCUAAAUACUGCAUCAUCAGCAAGGACCGACUGCCUUACUAUGAGAGAAUCUACAAAAAUAUUGUGUCUAGUCAGCCCCAGAGGUAUGAACGACAGCACCCUCUCUCCCCUACCACAGGGAUGCCCAUCACUGAAGGAACCAGCUGGGGAAAUCAUGAACUGAACAUGUUUCAUGACCUUGUACUGAUCAGUCGAGGUCAGGAACCAAAGCGACCUGGACUGAGUGGUCCAGAGCAGUACUUUGAGAAGAUCUGUUAUACACUGGAGAUGUUAGAAGGCAAACAUGAUCAGCUGGCUGGCGACCUUCACCUUUUGGAAACAAAAAGAAUUCAACAGCUGGCUGAAAGGGCAAGAAAACUUGUACCAGACAUCUCGUCUGUCCAUUACCAGAAGAAAGAGAAAAAAGGCAAAAAGAAAAAGAAAAAGAAGAAGAACAAAGAUAAAGAGGAAGAGAUUCCAGCCAAGGUCAUCUUGUCCCGGGCUGACAUCACUGAUGAUGUCAUAGUUAGCAGGAUUGAUGAGAAGUUGCUCAAAAAACUGAUGAAGGAACCUGCUCAGCAUUUGUUAGGCUGUGAGAUAGACAGAUGUAGAGAAAAAUUGGGCAAUAUUGAGGACAGACUGAUCCAGCUGGAAGGUGAGAAGAACAUUAUAAGAAUGUACUGUAUGGAGCUGUUUUUUGAUGCCCAGAAUGACAAUAGCAAGCCUAAAGAGUUCAGACGACAACAGAGUUUUCUGUAUAAAACGCUCCAUCCCGACCCUGAUGAUGAAAUGAACCGGGAAGAAGUUGAGGGAGCUUUGCAGAUAGUGAAUCACAACCUACUGACAGAGAAUGAAUUUGGCUAUAUGUAUCAUAUAUUAAACUUAACAGGCAGGAGGAAGAUAAACUUUAAGCUGUUCUGUGUCAUUGCUGCCUUAUCAGAAAGGAUAACACACAUGGACCCUGUUAUACGAGAGCUUCUGAAUAAAGAAAAAGGCUGGAAAAGAGGCACCAAUGAUUAUGAAUCUUUAGAUGUCAGGAUGAAUAGAUCAAAGGAGCUGUUUCAGCUACUAGAUGAGGGCGAUUCCAUUCCAUAUGGGAAUGCCCUGGCGUCCAGUCUGGCAGUGGAACUGACCGCAGGGGGUCUAUCACCUGAGCUGACCAGCUAUGUCAUGAGCAAGUUCAACAGAGAGGGCAAAGGUUAUGUGGAUUUCCUGGACUAUGUCACCUAUGUUCCAUUAUUUGUUGAAAUCCAUGAGAAAAUUAUCAAAGAUCCACUCUGCUCUACAGUGAGAAUUGAAUAGUUGUGAUGCCGGCAAUAUAGGAAAGCAAUCCACUGUGUUUACAUGCAGUGAGAAACCAUACAUCAGAAUUCAGGGGAUGCUCUAGCUUCCUUGAUUUUAUUUUGGAAAAUUAGAAACAUUUACUUGAGCUUGUAGACCUAGAAAAUUCUUCAUUAAAAGUUCAGUGACCCUUUUUUUUUGUACCACUUUAAUGUGGUCGUCACCCCCAAAAUAUUAAUCUAGUUACCGCUUAUAGUCACUUAAGAUAAACCAGAACAGGUUUAAAGGAAAAUAGUUUUCAAAAUGGGUUACGACAAACUGCAAUUUCUAAACCAUCACUGUAUUAAAAAAUGUAUCAAAAUUUAUGUUGUAAGAUAAAAUUUUCAUCUUAAAAACUAUGUAGAAUAUAUACCCACCUAGAAGUAUUAUUUACACCUAUAUCAAUAAUGAGGAACAAAAUAAUGGAAUUAUUAUUGAGAGGUUUUAGAUAAUAAAGUAAUCAUGAGGAUUAGAUAUAAUGAAAUUAUCUGUAAGAUAGAAAAAAUUGUAUUAUUAUAAUAAAUUGCUAAUACAUGUAUAAUAUAUCGGUCAAAAUCAAUGGAAAAAAUCAAUCCAGGCCAGAUUAUUUAAGGAAUGAAUGUAAUCUUUUUUCAUUUUGUAUGAUAUAAAGGAAGUUGAGAGUUUCUAAUUCAUAAACUACAAAAUGAGUUAAAAAUUAAUUUUCUCAAAUACUUUUGAUGUAAUUUGACACAUUUUUUGUUGUUGAAAAUCUAAUUUCGUAUGUUGUUAAGCAAUAUACAUGUAGAAAUAAAAUGGAAGCAGAUUGAGGCGCUAUAAACGUAUUAUGACAUCAUAUGCAGGAUGUCAUGUGAUGGGACCCAGUGUGAACUCAGUUUAUAUGAUAAAGUCCAAUAAACCCAUCAAAUUGUGCUUUACAUACAAAAUGAAAUCACCGAGGGUUCACUAGGCACUUGGUGUAUCCCAACACAGCAUUGUAUUGUAUUUGUUGUAAACUUUGCUCCUUUAUCGAGUACAUUUACGUUUGUAUCUUGGUCUAUUUGGGAAUUAGAGCAAACUAUUUAUAUUUCCAGUACAUCCAUUUUGCAUGUGCAGUCUUUGUGUAAAACAUAUUUGUGGUACAAAGAUUGUGACACAUAUUGGAGUGGGAUUUUCUGAACAGGAUGUUGAUAAUAGAAACUUGAAAAUCACAUGUUACACUGAGUGCCAUGAAAAGAAUUAGAGAAGCAACCGGUGUCAAGAAAAAUAGUACAGUCUAACAGCGUCCUGUCUGUGGAGUAGUGGCAUCAUUGCUUUGCUGCCCCCCCCCCCCCCCCUUUCCCCCCUAACAGCGAGAGUGGAUGUGUUAACACUGCACUGGUAGACACUCCACAGGCCACAUUUUUUGUUCAAUUGAAUCGAUACUUCAGAUAUAGCUUAGUUAUCAUACGAGAAAUAACUCUAUUGAUUUUAGGGUCCAAAAGGUUAAGGUCACUACAGGACUUCAUAGAAAAUCUGUGGACACUCUAGAGGCCAAAGUCACUACAGGACUUCAUAGAAAAAGCAUGUGGACACUCUAGAGGCCAAAGUCACUACAGGACUUCAUAGAAAGCCUGUGGACACUCUAGAGGCCAAAGUCACUACAGGACUUCAUAGAAAAAGCAUGUGGACACUCUAGAGGCCAAAGUCACUACAGGACUUCAUGGAAAAAGCCUGUGGACACUCUAGAGGUCAAAGUCACUACAGGACUUGAUGGAAAGCCUGUGAAAAAUAGGAACUCUAUUGAUUUUGGGGGUCAAACGGUCAAGGUUACUAAAGGACUUUAUAUAAAAACGAUUUGUAGACAUUCACUGCGGGGGUAUAUGCCCAAGCAGCCCCACCUUGUAGAGCUCUUGUUUUGAUUGAAGUGAAUGUUUGGAUAAUAUUCGGAUGAAGUUGUAUUGAUGAAACACAUUUAUUGAUGACAUUGUUGCUACUAAAUUCUGGUAUUUUAUUACACAUUUAUUAUUGAUAUCCGUCCAUCGACUUUUAUUGUACCGGUACUUUUGCCUGACAUUGCUGAGUAUCUACAGUGAUGGAAGCUGUCAUUGUUGAUUUUGAAGGUCAUUUGAGUACCUGUAUUACCCAAUACUGUAAUUACUUUUAUUUAUGUGUACUUUGUGAGAUAUUGAUGUUUUCUGUUUGACCAGCCACAAAGACAGUAUUAAUUUUCUUCAGUCAAUAUAUUAACUAUAGAAACUAGAUACAAUUGUAUGUCACAUAAACACUGGACAUCGUCUUAUAUUGACCAUUGGCAAUAUAUUAACUAUAGAAACUAGAUACAAUUGCUUGUCACAUAAACACUGGACAUCGUCUUAUAUUGACCAUUUUUGGUAUUUUUAUUGUUAUUGUUGAUGCACUUUCUCCAGAACUUGUUGAGAUGUAAUAUAAACCAGCACUGCUGUUCUUUAUGAAUGUCAAUCAGUAUUAAUAUUACUGUGAUGAAAUGUUUAGGUAAAUAGUGUAUUUUUUUUAUCAGAUAUAUAUUUGUAGAGAUAUUCAUCUGGUCACUAUUUUAUUAUCUGAUUUUGAUAUUGUUGCUCAGUUUUAUUGUGUAGCUCGCCUGUAUGAGUUUAUUAACUUUCAGAGUCUGUGUCCAGACUAAGUGCUAAAGAUGGUGCAAUUUUUAUUUUUCAUGUCUUAGUUCCUGAAAAGUUUGGAAUAUUUUCAGUAACAUCAUAGACCAACUACAACCAAUUUGCAAACCCAGAGUGUGUGAUCCAAUGGGCAAGGGCCAAGGUUUUAUCCAAUGGGCAGGGUUCAGGGUGUGAUCCAAUGGGCAGGGACCAGGAUGUGAUCCAAUGGGCAGGUCCAGAGCAUUAUCCAAUGGGCAGGAUUCAGGGUGUGAUCCAAUGGGCAGGGGCCAGGGCGUGAUCCCAUAGGCAGGUCCAGAGCGUUAUCCAAUGGGCAGGGUCCAGAGUCAUCCAGUAGGCAGGGUUCAGAGCAUUAUCCAAUGGACAGGGGCCAGGGUGUGAUCCCAAAGGCAGGUCCAGAGCGUUAUCCAAUGGGCAGGGUCCAGAGCGUCAUCCAAUGGGCAGGGUUCAGAGCGUUAUCCAAUGGGCAGGGGCCAGGGCGUGAUGCCAUAGGCAGGUCCAGAGUGUCAUCCAAUGGGCAGGGUUCCAUUCUUGAUGUAGACUGAAAUAAGGUCCAUGGUUUUUCCUUUAUCUAUGUUGAUACAUUGUGCAUGUUGAAGUUCAAUUUGACAUGUAUGUUGAAGUUGUCUACCCAAGUCCUCUUUUAUAUUUAGUUUAAUAGUUAAAUACUCAUUAUUAUUCUGGUGUUUGACCCUCGGGGCGGUUAGGAACUAGGACUAACAGGGUGGGGUGGGGGGUGUCACUAUUUGGAGUAUGUUUUUUUUUAGAAGCUGAACAAUAGAGGUAAGCACAAGAGAUUUGAUUGUGCUGGGGUUCAGAAGUUUGAGAAGAAGGGUCUCAUUGUAUACAUUUUGAAUCUGUGACCUCAUGGUGUGGGUAGGAACAAUAAGGUCAAAAGGCAAAUCCUGUUUCUGCAAACUCUCACAAAGCAUAACAUCGAUACAGUAAUAUCAUAUGAUAUGUGUAGGUACAUGUAUAUAUGCAUGAUUGCAUGUGCAUUUAUUGAAUGUAGGCGAGUAUACAAAUGUAAACUGGCGUUGACACCCUGAAUUUUACAGUAUAUGCUAUCAUUUUUAUGAAUAAAAUUACACAUCAUU